CUGUCAGAAGAUGCAGGACCUGAGCUGUGACUCCAGACGGCUCAGAGAGCCGCGACCGCCUCUGUGACUGGAAGGAGGCGCGCUCCUGGAUCUGAUAUUCUCUCUUUGUUUAUUUUCCUUUUUUCUUUUCCUGUGUCUCUCUUUUGAACCUGUCACGUGUUUUCGGGUUUUAUAACGUUUGAGAAGAUCUCAAUGAUGGUUCUGUUUAGGAUCUCAUUUCCCCGCAGCUGAUCCCGCUCCUCUCAGCGUGAUGGAUUCAAACCACUUCGACGCACUGAAACUUUUAUUUUGUUUUCUUUUGGUUAAUACCUGGAUGUUGAGUGGGACAUCAGCCUCUGACAGUUUCAACUUAGAGCCCACUAUUACCUGGCAGAGGAGAUUAUGCAACGAAUCCCGUUUACGGUGGGAUGUGGAGGUCUGUGGAGAAGACUUCAAGCGGGUCAUGGCUUACAUAGACCCGCUGCAGUGGUGUAACCUCACACACUUCAUGAGUGAGUAUCACAUCUUCACCCUCUGCACAGAGACAAAGUCCCACAAUGUCGACUGCUACUGGCCCAACCCGCUGGUAGAGAGCUACAUCAUCCGCAUUCACAAGCACUUUUUUUCCAAUUGCACCACGGAGGGCGUGAAAUGGGGGGACCCACCGGACGACACGCUCACCAUUCUCAUUCUCAUACCGGUUUUCCUCACUUUGGCCAUGAUUGCUCUGGUGGUCUGGUGCAGCAAAAGGAGUGAUCUCCUGGCAUAGGACAUGAAAAUGAAGGAUACAGAGAGAGAGAGACUGAAACUAAGGCUCAAACCUCUUCAUUAACUUUAUAUUGUAAAUUAUUUUGGUUUGAUGGCCCCAUUUAAAAUACAAUAAACAACCUUCUUCUUUUAUAAGAAAUAACAACAGCAGACAGAGUCUCUUGGGUUGCAUAAAUAAUAAUCUUGAGACUUAGACCUGUUGAAUGACUCAGGGCUUUAAGGUCUAGGACUUAAGUCUCAUGAAGCAGUUUUAUCCUGUGUAAUCAGGGUAAGCUAGUAGGUAUUAGAUCAUAAAUCUUAUUGAGUUAUUGAAGUGUGGACCAAUGUUUAAUUUUUCCUGGUAAUAUUACACAGAGUACAAGUCAAGGAUUGGAAUUCACAACCUAUCUGAAUUAUUUUGUUUUUAUGGAGACUAUACUGUAUCUCUAAUGUGGGAAGAUGAUACUUUGACCUUCAUCUUCACUUUACUUUGACUCACAAUUAAAUGAGAUUUGACUUGACUUGAAAAUAUGUACAUUUUCUCUCUUAUAAAGGGGCUGAAACUUGUCCCUCAAAAAACAAUUCCUUAAAACUUCUGUACCCGCUUGUAAAGACUAAACAAAAUCAGAUGUAUUAAGUAGAAUUUAUUUUUUAGCUAUUCUGACUGUUAUUUUUCCUUUGUCUUUCUACUAAGCUAAAAGCCACACGGCUUUCAACAUUGGGAUUUUAAAUCAUCUACCCCUUAGAGAUGCCAAGGAUGUGGGUUGUGUAAUUGGUCUUCACUUGCUGGGUUGAUUUUCCCUGGAGGAUAAUUAUGUAAAGCAUUCCUGAAAUCUAUUGGAUACAGACUUUUGACCUGUGAGAUUCCUGCCGGAGCGCUGUCUCACUGCUGAAGGCCAAAGUAUUCACCACUUCAGUGACUGACCUCCACACUGAUGGGAAAUCCAAGUCACAGAGGAAGCUGUAUUUAAAUAUUUUAUCCCCACACUGUAUGGAAGGAAGCCAAAGUUGGAACUUAUACUGUUUCAAGGAAUGUAAUGUUUUGUCUUGCUAAAUGACUGAAUGGAUCUUCACCACUGGAAAGAAUAAACUUUACAAAGACAAGGAAACACUCGGAUUUAUAUGUUUGGAGACUUGAAUUUCCAGUUGGACUGAUCCCCAAAAGUCGGUUUUGUAGCAGUGUAACUUAUAAGAUAUUGCUGUUAAUAUACUAGUCCUCACAAAGAUGAGUUAUCUGUAGAGGUCUAUAUCUGUCUGUGCAGUCUACUGUAUCUUUGUUGGUUUCUCACUGUUACUCCAAAUAGAAGGAAAUGGACACUUUUUGUUUAGCACAAGAACAAGCAAGGGUUAAUUGGACUUCCUGAGCAUUUUUAGAUUCAUGCUUCCUCCAUGACUCAUGCAUCAUCACUUUUCUUCAAAGAGGUCUAUUUACAUGUCUUUGACUGUGGGAUAUUUGGAACAUACAUCUAGAUUAAGAUCAUGCAUUCCCAAAGCUUUCAACAGAGUCAUUUUAUUAUCAUAAAGUCAGCAUAAUAUGCAGGGGAUUAAGCUCUACUGUUACGGUUGUCAGCUGGUCAGGGAUCAUGGUGACGCUGAUUGAAUGAAAGCCUCACUUCUGUUAGUCUGCCCCAGGGUAGCUGUGGCUACAAUGUAAAACACCACUAUUAGCUUGUGAAUGUAAGGAUGAGAGGGUGAAUGUAGUAUAAAAAGCUUUGGGAUUCUCCACACUUUAUAAAGCACUAUAUAAAUACAGGUCGGAACUGUUGUUCUUGGAAAGAAGAAUUGCUUCCUCAGCAGUUUUAUAAAUGUUUUUUAGAGCUUCUAAGACAAAGUAUGGCAUAGAUUUUAGAUUUAAUGUCUAUAAUUUACUUUUUGAUACAUACCCUCCUCCCUGCUAGAAGACAAGCUAUUAUAGUUGUAUUUUACUAGAAUUUGCUCAGAGCUAGCCUACUUUACUAAUAUAAACUACGUUGGAUUUUACACUUACAAACAGCCAUUUGGUUACUAAGAGGUUGAACCUUGAUAUGUGUCCAACCGAGGUAUGGCUGCGAAUACUGUAGCCUCCUUUUUUAUGACCAGGUUGGUGAUGUUGGGUUUUAAGUUAAUGACAACCAUGCCUUUUGACCAGAAAUUCAACUAUUUAUGUUACCAACAAUUU